GUCACUUGUAGCGGGGGUUAUUCGGCGACUGGACGAGACAGUGGUGAACCGCAUCGCGGCGGGAGAAGUUAUCCAGCGGCCUGCUAAUGCCAUCAAGGAGAUGCUUGAAAACUGAUGCAAAGUCUACAAGUAUUCAAGUGGUUGUUAAAGAGGGAGGUCUAAAGUUGAUUCAGAUCCAAGACAAUGGCACUGGGAUUAGGAAAGAAGAUCUGGAUAUUGUAUGUGAGAGGUUCACAACAAGUAAACUGCAGUCCUUUGAGGAUUUAGCCAGUAUUUCUACUUACGGCUUUCGGGGUGAGGCUUUGGCCAGCAUAAGUCAUGUGGCUCAUGUUACUAUUACAACCAAAACAGCUGAUGGAAAGUGUGCCUACAGAGCAAGUUACUCAGAUGGAAAGUUGAAGGCACCUCCUAAACCUUGUGCAGGCAAUCAGGGGACCCAAAUCACGGUGGAGGACCUUUUUUAUAACAUAACAACAAGAAGAAAAGCUUUAAAAAAUCCAAGUGAAGAGUAUGGGAAAAUUUUGGAAGUUGUUGGCAGGUAUUCAGUACACAACUCAGGCAUUAGUUUCUCGGUUAAGAAACAAGGUGAGACAGUUGCUGACAUCAGAACACUAUCCAGUGCCACGGUUGUGGACAAUAUUCGCUCCAUCUUUGGAAAUGCUGUUAGUCGAGAAUUGAUAGAAGUUGGAUGUGAGGAUAAAACCCUGGCAUUCAAAAUGAAUGGCUACAUAUCUAAUGCAAACUACUCAGUGAAGAAGUGCAUUUUCUUACUUUUCAUCAACCAUCGUCUGGUAGAAUCAACCUCAUUGAGAAAAGCCAUAGAAACGGUGUAUGCAGCGUAUUUGCCCAAAAACACACACCCAUUCCUAUACCUCAGUUUAGAAAUCAGCCCCCAGAAUGUGGACGUCAAUGUGCACCCCACAAAGCAUGAAGUUCACUUUCUACAUGAGGAGAGCAUCUUGGAGCGGGUGCAGCAACACAUUGAGAGCAAGCUCCUGGGUGCCAACUCCUCCAGGAUGUAUUUCACUCAGACUUUGCUACCAGGACUUGCUAGUUCCUCUUUGGAGGUAGUUAAAUCUACCCCAGGUGAGACCUCCUCACCUACUUCCGGAAGUGGUGACAAGGUCUAUGCUUACCGGAUGGUUCGUACAGAUUCCCGGGAACAGAAGCUCGAUGCCUUUCUGCAGCCUGUGAGCAAGGCCCUGCCCAGUCAACCCCGGGCCCACGACCCAGAGGAUAGGACAGAUGAUUCUAGUUGCAAGGCCAGGCGGCAGGAUGAAGAGAUGCUUGAAAUUCCAGCCCCUGAUGAAGUGGCUGCCAAGAAUCAGAGCAUGGAGGAGGAUGCUAGCAGGGGUGCUUUUGAAACAGCAGAGAAGAGAGCACCCGCUUCCAGCCCAGGCAACCCCAGAAAGAGGCCUCGGGAAGACUCUGAUGUGGAAAUGAUAGAAAGUGGUUCCCAGAAGGAAAUGACAGCAGCGUGUACCCCUCGGAGGAGGAUCAUUAACCUCACUAGUAUUUUGAGCCUCCAGGAAGAAAUUACUGCACGGGGACAUGAGACUCUCCGGGAGAUGUUCCAAAACCACUCCUUUGUGGGCUGUGUGAAUCCUCAGUGGGCCUUGGCACAGCAUCAGACCAAAUUAUAUCUUCUCAACACCACCAAGCUUAGUGAAGAACUGUUCUACCAGAUACUCAUUUAUGACUUCGCCAAUUUUGGCGUUCUGAGGUUAUCGGAGCCAGCACCACUGUUUGACCUUGCCAUGCUCGCCUUAGAUAGUCCUGAGAGCGGCUGGACAGAGGAGGAUGGUCCCAAAGAAGGUCUUGCUGAAUACAUUGUUGAGUUUCUGAAAAAGAAAGCCGAGAUGCUGGCAGACUAUUUCUCUUUGGAAAUAGAUGAGGAAGGGAACCUGAUUGGAUUACCCCUUCUGAUCGACAACUACGUGCCCCCUUUGGAGGGAUUGCCUAUCUUCAUCCUUCGACUAGCCACAGAGGUAAAUUGGGAUGAAGAAAAGGAAUGUUUUGAAAGCCUCAGUAAAGAAUGUGCCAUGUUUUACUCCAUCCGGAAGCAGUAUGUGUCAGAGGAGUCAACCCUCUCAAGCCAGCAGAGUGAAGUGUCUGGCUCCGCUCUAAACCCCUGGAAGUGGACUGUGGAACACAUUGUCUACAAAGCCUUCCGUUCACACCUUAUGCCUCCAAAACAUUUCACAGAAGAUGGAAAUGUCCUGCAGCUUGCUAACCUGCCAGACCUAUACAAAGUGUUUGAAAGGUGUUAAAUAUGAUCAUUUAUGCAAUACGGGCUGUUUUGUUCUUGAUUUAUAUCCCAAUGUUAAGCAAAGGACUUAAGGUUGAAUAUUUGCACAAGUAGCACAUCUUCAUGCACAGUGGGUUGUAAAUGUGAGAUUUGUCCUAACAUGAUUUCAUGUUAACUUCAUUACAUGUGAAAAUUUUUCUAGAUCUAUUUUUGCUUAUUAUAUACCAGACUGUGUUGAAGAAUCCCAACAGAAGUCUGAAUGUGAAUGGGAAUCUGAUAAGAGUGCUCUUUAAGCACCAUGAAGAAUUCUGAAAAGGUCUUAAAGCCUAGAUCAUUCUCUAAUUCUUCCUGUAUUCUGGUAAAUUUCCAUUAUUAAAUGCUAAAUAUA